AUGGGCCCAUUGACGGCCGAACCUUACAGAGAGGUUGAGGUGGAAGAUUAUGGAGUUGGGAAUAGUGGCAGCCCACCAUCAGGCACCGUGGGCACCUCAGACAGGUGGUUUCCUUAUCUUAUCAGUGUUUGGAGGACUUCCAAUCAUGUGACUGCGGCUGGUGAGCUCGGACGAAUGCAGUGUCAAGCAGAAGAUGGACGAACUUCGAAGCUCGCGCCUCACCCCCCAAAGCACCUACAUAGUAAACCAAAGCUGUUGGCCAGACUUGGCCAGGUCGUUGGCUGCCACAGGAUGGCCUGUGAUGACAUCAGAUUGCGUCCACCCAUUGAUAGCUAUCUCGGCUUGACCGGAGACGGCAUAAGCUAUACCGGCGGACUUUGUUGCCCAAUCUCAAGCUCCACGUCAGCCACGAGCCUCGAAAAAAGCAUUCAAAGAUACUGUGCUUAUCCCAACUUUGGUGGGUUGGAACUAAAGGAACCUUUCACCCGUUGCGUCUUGUGUGCAUGGGGCUCCUUGGAGCUUGUGCUUUCGGAGGCGAAAGGUUCUUUCAUGCAUGGGGCCUUACACCUAUCCGUGCCUGGCUUGAGUCCGGAGACCGAACCGACAGUGCAAAAAAGUGGUUUGGCCAAUGAGCCAUCCGGACUAUCAGCAUUUCAGCAUUGGUGGGAGGUGCGGUGUUGCCGACCGGCUGGAUUACCUAAUCUCCGCUCGGGGGGGAACAAUGGGGGCAACCUGGAAUGCCCGAGUCCCGUGGACGUGGACACAGCCGAAGCAGCCCUCUUCAGGCGUGGGAAGGAGGUGGGUCCACUCGGGGAUUCUGCGCCAGCUGUGCCUUCCCGCUUUCCGCCCUUCCCUUCUGCUCUGCUCAGCCUUUGGCCCUUUGCGUUCCCUCCCAGGUCUACGCUACCUUACCUUGCUCCGUACGGGUUCAACAAAAAAUCCAUCCACGCCGACAACUCCCAUCCGCUUCUCCAACACGUCACACACGACCGCCUGCGAUUCCGAGCUCAACCCUGCGCAUUCACGCCUUGGGACUCGACUAGAAUUUGCUCUUCCGACGUGUCUCGACAACUCGACGAUAAUCCGUUCCAUCGCCUGUUCUUGCGAUCCAACGGUCUAAUUUGCGCCGACCCUCCGCUUCCACUCUUCCCAUCGCCGCAUCCGAACCACCCGCUUUUGCUUCGCGACGACUAA